AUCAACGCUGCGCCUGUUCCCCGAUUGAGUCAACUUUCUGGCCGGAAGAAAACGGAAGAAAACCAUUGCUCUUGUGAGCAUAUAAAGCACUGCGAAUUGCAAAAAACACAGAUCGAAGAUAGCCUCUUUGACCCGUUUGGAGCUCGUGUACUUUGGCAACAGCCGUCGUUGAUCAGUUUCGGGCGCGACAUACCCCGCGACGCGGGGCAAACGGCGCACUUAUCGCAGCUUUACGACCCCUCCAUAAUCACAGGCGAAGUGCGAGUGAGUAUCUUGCACCAAACUUUGGUCCGAAGAUGGCGGAAUCACAGACAAACGGCGGCCAUGAAGCUGCCUCUCUACUCUCACAAGUCUCGAACGGCGCAUACAUAGACGUCCUUACGUCGCCGGUCGCCAAGGACCUCGUUACCAAGUUCGUCCGCCGCCUCGAAGCGCAAACUGCCGGGGAGAACAGCAAUACCCUGCCCGCACCAUCGCAGGAGUCGCUGUCCGAAGAAGAGACUGCUGUCGGUCUCGCUGCCCUCAAUGCAUUCCUCCAGGCGAACGUGACCGGACCGGUGCUGGAGCAUGUCGACAAGGUCGAGGCGCUCUUCGUCGAAGCGUCCGCGGCAGCCCCCCUUGGGGUGGCAGACACCCUCAAGGCGCUUCGGAAGAACAGUUUCAAAGCUCUCGAAGUUGAUGGCGUCUCGCCGUAUGCAUACAUCCCCAACAUUGAACUCUUCGCCCUCGCUCGUCACAUCUUCACUGAGUCCGCAUCCGCUAGCGGCGCCGUCAUCAAGCUCUCUUCGUCGCGGUUGAGCCUGCCGUGGACACGCCUGCGCAUCAACGUGUGGCACUUCAAACUCCUCAGCCAGCCCUCCCUCGGCCCGGGCUCCAAUUUUGCAAAGUCGUCGCAGUGGAUCGACGUCCCGACGCUGGCGGAGCAGAUUAACUUCGGCAUGGAGGCCGUCAGGAAGCAGAUCCUCGACGAGCACGUGUGGUCGACGAGCGAGGAGAGCACCUGGUCGAAGGAAGAGAAGGUGCAGUUCCUGCUCGAGGCGGCUAACACGCACAUCAUGCUCGGCCGCGACGAUAGGGCGCGCGAGGCGCUGAAGGAGGCGACGGAGCUGAGCAGGUUUGCCUACGCACUCUCUGGCGCGCUCGGGAAGAGGACCAAGUUUCAGGAGAAGAGCACCAGCCAGCUUGUCGUCCUUGCCAAGAGCGACUCGCCUACAGAGAACGCGGAGGAGAACGACGACACCGAGGCGAAGCCCGAGGCCGUGGCGCUGAACGACGACACCCUGCUCGAGGAGAUCCAAUUCUCCAAGGAGGCGAGCGGCAAGCAUGGCGAGCUGGCGGCCACGUCCGCCGGCCUCCCUGCUACGUUGGCGGAUCUGUCUCCGGACGCCCAGCCUCAGCUGUCGCCGCUCGACCAGAUCAUACUCCUCACCGAGGCCACCCUCAAGGACACCUUCUCCCCCGUCGACACGCUGACGUCGGAGGAGGUUCUGCCGUACGCCGUGCGCGUCGUGUCGGAUAAGGCAACUAACUGGCAGAUUUACACGCAGGCCCUGCUGGUGCGCUCGCGCAUCGAGGUCCACCGCAGCAGAACGGUUGAGAGGGGCGUCUUGCAGAUGCAGGCCGUAGUCGAUCAGGUCGUCGUCGACACCUCCGAGGCCCCGCGCCCCAGAGCCGAAGACGUCGCCCACGAGCCCGAGCUCCCGGCCAUCGCCGUCACCGCCCCCGGGGAAGCGGCAGCCCCCGUUGACGCGGAAAAGCCGACGUCCUUCUUCCCGGCCGCCAAGGAGACCGACACGGCACCGGCGCACGUCCGCCUGCAGUACAUACACGCGCUCUCCUCCCCGCCGAGGUGGCAUCUCGAGUCCGAGCUCGCCUACUCGUGGGCCGGCGUCGGCUCCCUCGUCUCCGCCCUCGAGAUCUUCAAGCGCCUACGCCUCUGGGCCGAGGUCGCCCUCUGCCUCGCUAGCAGCGCCUCCGCCGACGACGACUCCGGCCGCGGAAGCGGCGGCGAGGACAAGGCCAAGGCGCUCGUCCGCUGGCGUCUUUUCCACCGCACGGGGCAGUCCGUCGUGGAGAACGCAGACCCGGAUGCCGAAGACGUCGCGCAGCGCGACGUCACGUACCUCGACCCCGCCGACUUUGCCGGUCCCGAACGCAGCCCGCCGCCGCCCAACGCUCCGCGGCUGUUCUGCAUCCUCGGCGACCUGGAGAACGAGCCGGCACACUGGGAGCGCGCGUGGGACAUCUCCAAACACCGCUUUGCGCGCGCGCAGAAGUCCCUGGGCGAGUGGUACCUCGCUCACAAGGACUGGGCCAAGGCGCAGGACGCGUAUAAGCUCGCGACCCAGUGCAACCGGCUGAGCCCCGAGAUGUGGAGCCGGCUGGGCGACAUCAGCCUCCGCCUGGGCCAGUUCGCAGACGCGGCCGAGGCGUACAGCCGCGCCAUCGGCGCCGCAGGCGACGUCGUCGGCGGAGAGGACGCCCGAACGUGGAGCAACCUGGGCAGUGCCCUCUGGAGCAUGUACCUCGAGGCGGUGGAGGAGCUGAAGAAGCAGAUCAUCGAGGAGAAGAAGACGGGCGUCAAGAAGAACGAGGAAAAGGACGAGGAGGAUGACGGUGACGACGAGGAGCCCAAGCAGCACGAGUCCAAGCCCCGCGACCCGGGCACACUCCUCUCCCAGGCCCUGGCGGCAUACAAGCGCGGCGCGUCGAUCGCGCAGGACAACUGGCGCAUCUGGGACAACGUCCUCACGCUGGCCGCGCGCAUGCGGCCGCCCGCCAUCGUCGACAUGGUGCAGGCCCUCGGCGCCAUCAUCCGGAUCCGCAAGACCGAGGACGCGCUCGACGACGCCGUCCUCCGCGCGCUGCUGCAGGAGGGCGUCCUCUCCAAGACGAAGGAGGACGACAGGGGCGGCGGAAUGUACGCGCCGCCGCGUGGCACCGUCGAGAAGGCCGUGACGGCGCUGUUCGAGGAGGCCGUUGUGCCGCUGAUCACGACGAGGUCGGAGCUGUGGGAGCUGGUGGUGCGGCUGCGGGUGUGGCGGCGGGACUACGCCGGCGCCGUGGACGCGGCGGAGAAGGCGUGGCGGGCGGCGAUGGGGGCGGGCGCGGGGGGCGGGCUGGCGGCGUCGGCGGCGGCGGCGUCGGGCGGCGCGGACCAGAGCCGGAACUGGCUCGUGGACGCGGGCGCGUGGGCGGCCGUCGUGGCGCGGACGGACGAGCUGGUGAGCGUGCUGGAGAACUUUGGCGGCGAGGUCGAGGGCGUGGGGAGCAGGUGGAGGGGUUUUUCCCCAUCACCGGCGGUUCUUUUCCCGUUCCUUAGUCUCACUGAAAAAGAAGCGGAAGAUAUGAUGCUUCUCGCUGCUGCAGCGAAUGUGCAAAGCCCCGGCACAGACGCCGGCUCCCGCACAGUCAAUAGUUUUCCAUCAGGCAGCUCGGAUCAGCCAUCGUUCCUAACACCAUUAUACACAUCCAGCCCCUCCGCCGCCCAUGAUAUCGAUAUUGCAGAGGAAAGAGAUUGGACAUGGAGAGAUGUAGCUGACGCAACGCCAACUGAAACGCACUCGUGGGUCCAAACAGCAGAAACCGAAGACCCGACCAUGUGUUUCCUAGACGACCACCUUUACCUCGCAAACGAUGAUGCGGGGGGCGAAGAGAGCUUCAGGCAGUACCGGUUAUCGGAUAUGAUCUUGGACGCGGCGCACAUUAUCUGAGACGGGGAUCGAUUGUUGCGACUCCCGGAUCAAAAAAGAUAUCCGGGUGAAAUCACAUUCGAAGCAUCUGGUAGUUAAUAGACCUUUCCUUGGGCUCAAGAUACUACCAUGUUUGGAAACGACAAAGAGUACCGACCAAGGAACAAAGGGUUAGUUAGACGCACUGAUCCAGCUGUCU